AUGCCUAAUGUUCAUGAAGAUGCCGGACAUACUAUCGUACACUUCCUAUACACAGGCAACUACGAAACAGUCAACUCGCCUCUUGACGAAGGCACAUCCGAUAUCUCCAGGGAAUUCAGAAGGAGUGUUCUAGUUUACCAAGCGGCAAGAACCUACGAUCUUUGCGAGCUUGAAACUAUUGCCAAACAGAAGAUGGAGCUAUUAGACGAGGAGAUUCCUAUCCUUGAAAAGAUGCGGGUGAUGAGGGAUGUCUUUUCGAGUCUCCCCGCAGGUGAAACAUGGCUUUCAAGUUACAUGGAAGAAAACUUGCAGCGAACGCUGAUGCCUGAAGGUCCAGGGAUUGGUCCUCAUGGAUUUUACAGUAUCCUUGGACAAAAUCAUCAUUUUGAUAUUGUUUUGAUGAAAAUGAUUGUCGAAAUUGUUUCCAUUCGCUGGCUUUCUAUUAAAGAGCAGUAUGAAAAAUUAUCGAAUGAAACACACGCGACAAAUUGUGUUCCUCAAGAGCCUGCUUCUGAAGAGUCUUUUCCUGAAGAGCCUGCCCUUGCAGAUCCUGUUCCCGAUGAGACUGCUCCCGAUGACAAUUUUCCCUCUGACGCUGUUGCCGGAGAAACAGCCCCCGAAGAAGAGCCAAUAAUUGAAGAGUCUGCUCUCCCAGAAGUUGCUUCUACAGAGCCUGCUUGUUCUUCGGAGCCUGCUUGUUCUCCGGAGCCUGUACCUACAGACAACCCUGCUGAAAGAGACAUUGGGGAAUGGACGACUCUUCAAGUAUCUUCUGAGGCAGAAGAGUGGCAAAAUGGAUCUUUGUCUUUUACCAAUGCUCCUGAUUCCAAUGUGCUACCCUGGAAUUCAACAGUACACCCCGAGGCUGCAAACAAAGGCCAAGCUCAGAGCCAUGUGGCCCAGAUUUCAGGUGCAGACCCGUCUUCACAUGGGAAUCGGGGAAGUCUCGACGCGAACCGAGUGUCUCCAAAAAAGGCGAAGAAGGCUAAAAAGAAGAAACGCCCUCCGCCAAUCAUCGCUAUUAAAGUUAAGAGACAUGUCAAAAACGCGCCUGCAGAGGGAACGAUUGAGCAUAGCGUCACGAGCACAAGUGAGCUACUCGAACUGAUCGAGCAGGCUGCUUCUUUCAGGAAGACAAAAUUGACGGAAAAGAAUGUUGGGUCCUCCCGUACUCAUGCGAUAUGCCACAUCAGAGUCGAGAAUUCAACCCCUGAGACUAUCGACGAUGGAUACCUAUACCUGAAUGACCUUGCUGGAUCCGAAGCAGCACGAGAUAUUGCAGAUCACACCGCUGACAGAAUGAAGGAAACCCGUGAGAUAAACAUGAGUCUCUCCGUCCUCAAAGACUGCAUCCGAGCGAUUUCAGGCGUGGAUUCGGCCUCGACAAAUGGAAAACAAUCCAAGAAGCCAUACGUCCCCUUUCGGCAGAGCAUUUUCCUGGACACGGGAGCAACCAAGAACACACUCCGGUACGCCGAGAUGCUGCGGACUUUACCGCCGCCGAAUAAACCAGCGGGAUAUGACCCAAAUGUUCCAACUACAUGGCGCAACAAGGACGUACGCAAUUACAUAAAGCUAAAGUCGGGUAGCCCCUCCAUCGCUCUAUAUCACCUUGCACCAAAAGAGACCGGUUCCCAACUUCUCCACCUACCCGUCGAGGAAUUCGUACGGCGUUCCAUGCUCACACACGGUGUCACGGAAGAACACGCCAAGACGUUCCACGAGCGAUUCUGGGCGUUGCACAUUGACUCCCGUCGCCUUGUGCCAAAGCUGUCUGCCACGGCCAACAAAGUUCCACCAACUGUCAACAAGCUUGUUGAGCAGGGAGGUCAACAAAAAUAA